GAGAGAGAGAACAGACUCCUUCUCCUGCCUGACGACGGACUGAAGCUUUUCCGUUCCCGCCUUCAAUCUGCCCGACACUGGACAGCGAUCGCUUCGAAGGCAAGUUCACUGCAGUCUACAGAGAGGCGGAUUAUCAUCGAGCCAGACGUUCUCAUUAGCGGAUAAUAAACAUGGUCUGCGAGCUGUUUCCUUGUUCAUCUCGUUCAGUUCUGAAUCUAAGUCAGUUUCACACCCCUCUUUUUUUGCAGCUGGAAGAAUGAAGGAGAAGAGAAGCAGAUUUAGGCGGUAGUUCUCUCAGACCCUUCCAACAGUUACUCUUUUGGGUGAGGAGGGAUCACUAAGGAGACAGGAAAUGAUUAAGACUGGGUCCAGGUCUACCUCCACUGUGCCGCCUGAGCCAGUGGAGAUCAUCCGGAGCAAAGCGAACUUACGCCGUGUGCGUCUGAAUGUUGGAGGUCUCUUGCAUGAGGUCCUGUGGAGGACACUGGAUCGGCUGCCACGCACACGCCUUGGCAAGCUGCGAGACUGCAACACACAUGAGGCCAUUAUGGAGGUGUGUGAUGACUACAGCCUGGAGGACAACGAAUACUUUUUCGAUAGGCAUCCAGGUGCAUUCACGUCUAUUCUGAACUUCUACCGCACGGGUAAGCUGCACAUGAUGGAGGAGAUGUGCGCACUCUCGUUCAGCCAAGAGCUUGACUUCUGGGGUAUUGAUGAGAUCUACUUGGAGUCGUGCUGCCAGGCACGUUAUCACCAAAAGAAGGAGCAGAUGAAUGAGGAGCUGAAACGUGAAGCUGAGACUAUGCGCGAGCGUGAGGGUGAGGAGUUUGACAACACAUGCUGCACAGAGAAGCGCAAGAAACUUUGGGAUCUUUUGGAGAAGCCCAGCUCUUCCUUAGCAGCAAAGGUUCUGGCCAUCAUCUCAAUCCUGUUUAUUGUUCUCUCAACCAUCGCUUUGUCUCUCAACACCCUCCCGGAGCUUCAGGACAUAGACGAGUUUGGGCAAGCAACUGACAACCCUCAGUUAGCCCAUGUAGAGGCAGUCUGUAUCGCUUGGUUUACGAUGGAAUAUCUUCUUCGCUUCCUCUCUUCACCUAAUAAAUGGAAGUUUUUCAAAGGCCCAUUAAAUAUCAUUGACCUGCUUGCCAUUCUUCCUUACUAUGUAACCAUCUUCCUAACUGAGUCCAACAAGAGUGUACUGCAGUUCCAGAAUGUUCGUCGAGUGGUUCAGAUCUUUCGGAUUAUGCGUAUUUUGAGAAUCCUCAAACUGGCUCGCCACUCGACUGGGCUACAGUCACUAGGCUUCACAUUGCGUCGCAGUUACAACGAACUGGGAUUGCUAAUCCUCUUCUUAGCCAUGGGCAUCAUGAUAUUCUCUAGUUUGGUCUUCUUUGCAGAAAAAGAUGAAGAAGACACAAAAUUCAAGAGCAUCCCGGCUUCCUUCUGGUGGGCCACCAUUACUAUGACAACUGUGGGGUAUGGAGAUAUCUACCCCAAGACUUUAUUAGGAAAGAUUGUUGGGGGACUUUGUUGCAUUGCAGGAGUGCUAGUCAUCGCCCUACCAAUUCCUAUAAUUGUAAACAACUUCUCUGAGUUCUACAAGGAACAGAAACGACAAGAGAAAGCCAUUAAAAGAAGAGAAGCUCUGGAAAGGGCCAAGAGAAAUGGCAGCAUCGUGUCUAUGAAUAUAAAGGAUGCUUUUGUUCGAAAUGCAGAGCUAAUGGAUGUAGUGGUAAUGGAGAAGACAGAAGAAAACAUUGCAAAGACAGACAAAGUGCAGGACAACUGUAACGCUUCACCCAGCCGCUGGAAAUGGACACCUAAACGCACCAUCUCUGAAACCAGUUCCAAUAAGUCUUUCACUGGGAAGGAGCCAGAAUCUCCGGUUAGAGCCACCAGCCCAGGCAGUCCACAACAUCUUAAUGUACAAAAGCUGGAGGAGAUGUACAGCAAAAUGGCCAAGACCCAGUCCCAGCCCAAUUUGAACAGUAAGGAACAAGGUAAUUUGUCAAAAUUUACAAAGAGAAGAGAUGAAUUGGAAAUGAGAAGCAUUCCUGUUAAUCAAAGGCCCAACACGACAGAGGGUGUGAUGGAUAUGAGGAGCAUGUCAAGUAUUGACAGCUUCAUCAGUUGUGCUACAGACUUUAUAGAAAGCUCAAGAUUUUCACAUAGUCCCAUCUCAAAUCAAACUAGCCGAGUCAGUGUCAAUCCAGGACUCGAGACAACCCUUGAGUAUGAGACCAUGAAGGAGCCUGUUGGUCCCCCCAAGCCUGGACGAACAUUAUUCUCUGACAGCCCUCGUGGCCUUCGCAUCAGCAACCCUCUGAAAACAAGAUCUCUCAAGGUCAACUUCUUCUCAGGAGAAACCACAGGUCCUACUGCAGGUUCGACUCAGGGAGGAGGCACGGCUGCUAUCUCAGAAAGUUCUGAUCGGUCUAUUAUAAGUCCAGAGGUGUCCGUCUAUACUACUGCCAGCAGCAAGACUCCACCCAAGACCCCUGAGGCAUUUGUACCAACUGUUUUCACAUUUCAUGAUGCAUCAAUCAGCAAGUACAUUGAUGCAGAUACAGAUGACGAUGACCACCUUCAUGAUGGACCAGGUUCUAGUCCUUCUGAACGACUCUUGGGUAAUACAAGCCCCAGGCUCAGCAACAGUUCUCACCAAAGAGGAGCAAACCACCUUGACUUGUCUCAAAGAAUGCUGGGCCAAAACAGUCUGUUCUCUUUGGAGGCACGUUUAAAGGGACAGGAGAAUCAUAUGAUUCCGGGAGACAGAGGACACUCAAAAACAAUAAGCGAAAAUAAUUAAAACAGGAAAUGUAGCCUAUAACAACUGGAAUUAUAAAAAAAUAAUGACCAUACAUGAACUAACAUUAUUUGAAAUAUCCGUAAAACUAUAAAAGUUGCCAUGAUUUACAUGGACAGAAUAAUUACUGAGCAGAUGUGAUAAGAACUUUUUGACCACUUUGCUGCUUGCAACAGAAAGCAGUCUGAAUUACAAAAGCAUUUAGUCAAACAUGCAGUUUGAGGAGGAUUGUUGAUUGACAUGGCUGAAAGUCAUCAAACUCCAGUAGCCUCCAAACAUAAAUUGUCGAAUUAGGCAUUUACUGAAGCUAUUUAGUGAAAAGAGUCAUUUCUUUCUAAGAUUCUUCCUCAAAACUGGCCUUAGUUUUAUGCACCAACAGUAAAAGUUGUGUUGUACUACUAGUAAUUGUUGCAGGAAUGUGUAUUUAUCCAAAAUGGGUUUGCAUGUAUGAGAAUGAGCGAGAGAAAACAAAAUUAUGAAGGAGUAUGUUAACAACUAAAGUCAUGUAAAAGACAUACUGUCUUGUAUAAUCAGAUCCAUGGUUUCUCAAAUGUUUUAACCCAACCUUUCAUAAAUAUUCCUCUGAGGAGAUAUGCAAGCAGAGUGACUUCAGAGGAUAUAGGCACUGUGAUUCGCUGUCUUUGGUCAAAUCUUGUUACAACCCACUCUUGAGAAGAAGUAAUGUGUUUUCUGUUUUAUUUAUUUGAUUACAAAGUUCUCUUUUUUGUUUUUAUUAUUUUAAAUGAAUGUAUGAACAUGAUUGUGGAAGUCCUUCUCAGAUACUUCUUAAACACAAAGGCAUCAACUGCAGCAUUUGUUGAAGCCAUAUGCUCUUCAGUUGAUUGACUAAUAUUUAUCAACAUGAAGCUUAAACCUCUGUUUCCAGAACCGAAGGGACAACGCUGAAAAACACUUUUUACGACAUGACAACAGAACGCUUGGAGUUACUGAUUGUAAAAAAGAACAAACACUGGGAGUCAUCUACUCGUCUAAACGAUAGACACUUUGCCAUUGUGGAUAACAAUAGAUUUUGGCAUGGGCAAGGUGAAGAAUUGUAAAUGUAUAUUUUUUAAAUACUUUCUAGAGAUUGGAUGUAGAGAAAGGAAUAAAUUAUGCGAAUCUCUUAGUUUUGCAUAGUAUAAAAUAUUUAUUUUAAAGGGAUUGUAUUUACUAAAUAAUUUAGUGAGAAAAACUCUUUGUAUUGUUUGCUACUGUCUCCUAAAUGUCUCUAUGUUGUGAAAUAUUUCUGUCCUUUUGUUCACUUAUCCUUUGUAUGAAUAAUUAAGCCAAAGACAUGUACACUAAUGAGGCUGACACACACUUUCCCUACACUCUCUGGUAAUGUCUCUCUCAACAGGUCUAAAAUUCUGGAGCACCUUAAAGCAGUGGAACCUAUUUGUUUCAUUGACUAUAUUUUAGAGAGGUUUUUUGAUACUGUUUACCUUACACACUAAACAACUAACUGCCACAAAUAAGGAACUAUUUAGUUGAGCCUAUUUGUCUUGCAUAUUUCAUGACAUAUUCAAUAAACAGAACUAGAGAGCUUUAAAGGCCUAGAAUUACAGCACAUUAACACUUCUUUCAAAUCAGAUCUGCAGGAAUACUGCCUUGCCUUAAAUCAUUAAAGAAUUCUCUAUGCUAUUGGUAGACACACUGUAUGUACCAAUUAAUAGAGAAGGCUGUUUCCUGCCUCAGAAGCCAUAAUUUACAGAAAUACACCAAUGUGUAAAUCAACACUGCAGUGAGACACAAUGAGUACAAGCACAUAAGCAACCACAAGACCAUCACACAGAAUCUACUCCAGCUUAACCAACUGUAACACACUGUAGGGAAGGCUGUCUUAGUGUCCAUCCUGCCCAUGUGUCUGGCAGGUUUAGGUCACAGGCCUUUUAUCCAAUUGAUCAGCCUCUUUUCCCCAUCACAUGAAAGAUUUACUGCCAGUCAUAGUAAAGCCAUUAGCACAGGUGCUAAUUGCAAAUUGUGUUAAUUUAUAGCCUGACCUCAGAGUGGUGCAUGACCAAUGGUGUGCCAGACUACUUGCUUUAUUAUGGCUUUGCCCAAGCAGAUAGUUAAGAAGUAGAAAGUGUUUGAUUGAGAUGUUAUAAUGAAAAGUCAAAUCUCUACAUGAAAAUUUCUUUGCAUGGGGAAAUUUAGGAUGAGUCCCAUUUUUAAAAGAAAUUAAUAACUCAUUUACAUGGCAAUGUCUUGUUUUCCUUUUUGGCUCUUCUUUAUUUUAUUAUUUUUUUUUACAUUAAAAAAAAAGUUUUAAAAACUUUCUCUCUUUGUCUAUGUUUACCUGAAGACAGAGAGUCUGGAUAAAUCAUAAACAAGUACAGCAAGCAAUAAGAACAUAAAAAAUUCAGGAUGUAUGUAUUUUUUUGGUUUAAUGCUGUCAUGCACUGAUAUUA